GUCCCAGUCAACAAUCAAAUUUUGUUUUGGCUUGUACUUUCCUAGCACAAACAUUACAGUAACACGACAAUUAUUUGAAGCUUUCUCUGCCUGUUCACCUUUUCAAGAGCCUUAUAUUCUCCAUUCCUGAUAAGAACGCUGACACCCCCCUACCCCCCUACCCCCCACCUAUUUCUUGAAUCUUGUGUUUGCCCAUAAUCUUCCAAAAGACAUCAUCUUUAUACAAACCCCUUGUGACCCUUUUCAAGAUUUGCAGAAACAAUGACAAUCAAGGCUGAAAAUCAUGCAAAGAAGAAACAAUCCACCAAGAACUCAUCAAGCUCAUCAAGGAAAGCCAAGAAAGAUGUGAGUGUCAAUGAGAAAACUCACCUCUUGCCUAAGAAACAUGGGCAUGGUGAUUUUGAUGGAGCUUCAUUUACUGGUGGAGUGAUGAAUCUGUCUACUACUAUUAUUGGAGCUGGUGUCAUGGCUCUUCCUGCUACUAUGAAAGUGCUGGGACUUGGGCUUGGGAUUGUUAGUAUUUUGUUUGUGGCCUUUUUGACUGAGGCUUCUAUUAGUAUGUUGUUGAAAUUUGGGAGGCAUUCUUCUUCUUAUGGGAGUAUUAUGCAUGAUGCUUUUGGGAAUGUUGGCAAGAAAAUGUUGGAAGGGUUUGUGGUGAUAAAUAAUGUUGGUGUGCUUAUUGUUUACAUGAUUAUUAUUGGUGAUGUUUUAUCUGGUACAUCUGCUAGUGGGAUUCACCAUGCUGGUGUGUUGGAAGGAUGGUUUGGGGAACAAUGGUGGACUGGCCGCUUUUGUAUUCUAGUUGUAUCAACAAUCUGUGUACUUGCUCCAUUAACAUCCUUUAAAAGGAUCGAUUCAUUGAGCUUCACAUCUGGCUUGGCAGUUGCCCUGGCAAUAGUUUUCCUAGUUAUUACCGCAGGAAUUACAGUCUAUAAAUGCUUUGAUGGCACUAUUGCUAUGCCGCGGUUGCUUCCUGAUAUUACUGAUGUUAAUUCUAUCUGGAAACUUUUCACAGUAGUGCCUGUUCUUGUGACAGCCUAUAUCUGCCACUUCAAUGUGCACUCUAUCGAAAGUGAACUUGAAGACCCUUCCCUGAUAAGACCAGUUGUGCAGACUUCUUUGCUUUUGUGUUCCACUGUUUACAUCAUGACAAGUUUCUUUGGUUUCCUACUUUUUGGUGAUGCAACGCUGGAUGAUGUCCUGGCCAAUUUUGACAAGAAUCUCGGUGUUCCAUUUAGUUAUCAGCUCAAUGAUGUUGUUCGUGUCAGCUAUGCUCUCCACCUCAUGCUCGUCUUCCCAAUUGUAUUUCAUCCUCUCCGCUUGAAUUUGGAUGCCCUUCUCUUUCCCACAUCUACACCUUUGCUUUCAGACAAUGUCCGCUUUAGUUGGAUUACUAUAGGACUCAACUCUGUUGUCUUUUUAGCUGCAAAUUUCAUUCCCAGCAUUUGGGAUGCUUUCCAGUUCACAGGAGCGACAACUGCAGUGUGCAUUGGAUUCAUCUUCCCUGCAUCUAUUGCUCUCAGGGAUACACAUGGACAAGCUACAACGAAGGACAAACUUCUGUCAGCUUUCAUGAUUGGCCUUGCUGUGUUUGCAAGUUCUGUGGCAAUAUAUAGCGACGCUUACACACUUUUCAAGAAAACUCCAUCUCCUCGUGCAUGAGCUCAAAUUCUUGGUAGCUCGCAGCGAAACUCAAGACCAGAAGCUCAAUUUACUGAUAUGAAAUGGCCAACAGAAGCUUCAUACUGGGAACCGGGGAGUUUCUGCUUCAGGAAAAAAUCGCUACUCUGUACAAAAGUCAGCUGUCUGGGAUGCUUGCCCGGAACAUAUUGUUUGAAUCAGUUAAAUUCUGAUAUGAAUUUCUUAAGGUCUACGUGUGAAAUAGUUAAAAUUGAUAUGAGUUUACAAUUAUCACAUAAUAUUAUGUCAUUGCUACAUCCAUGUAAUAUACGAAUUGAUUGAGAUUUUGUAAAAUUACGAUUGUAAUAAACAUCAAGAACACUUGUUUGUUGGUUUUC